GCCAUUUUGGGGACGGUGUCAGUUUCCACACACACACACACACACAUACACACACACUCUCACACAUACACACACAUACUCUACUGCGUCUACUGAGGGGCAAAGCCGAAUGUUUUGGAGGCAAAGUUCUCGGCGCCGAAGUGGAACGCUUUACCGUGGACUGGGCUCGCGCGACGCCGCGGAUCGGACACGGCGCGGAGAAGAGGAGUUUGUAUUCGCACAUCUGAAAUGCGCUCUGCUCCGCCGUGCGCUCUCAGCCACUGACAGCGUCUGCAGCCUGCUUCAAGAUGGCGGCUCGGCUCCUAUUCAUUUUCUGCUGAUCACCUCCCAACUUUCAUUGUCUGCUCGCGCCGAGACCCACGGAUUCCCAGCCCAGACUCCAGGAUAGUUGUUCCCUUCUCUCACCAUGCAUCGAACCACCAGGAUAAAGAUCACGGAGCUCAACCCUCACCUCAUGUGUGUCCUGUGUGGAGGAUAUUUCAUAGACGCCACCACAAUAAUCGAAUGUCUCCACUCAUUCUGCAAGAGGUGCAUCGUGCGCUACCUGGAAACCAGCAAAUACUGUCCCAUCUGUGAUGUGCAAGUGCAUAAAACCAAGCCUCUGCUCAACAUUAGGUCUGAUAAAACUCUACAGGACAUUGUGUACAAGCUCGUCCCCGGCCUCUUCAAAAAUGAAAUGAAGCGGAGGAGAGACUUUUAUGCAGAUCAUCCUGUAGAUGCAUCUAAUGGAUCAAAUGAGGAUCGUGGCGAAGUCGCAGACGAGGACAAGAGAAUAAUUACAGAUGACGAGAUCAUCAGUCUCUCUAUUGAGUUCUUCGACCAGAGCAGGUGUCAGCAGCAGCAGCAGCAGGAGGAGAAGGAGGAGGAGGAGGUGGCCAACAAGAGGUAUCUUCAGUGUCCAGCAGCCAUGACAGUCAUGCAUCUGAGGAAGUUUCUGCGCAGUAAAAUGGACAUCCCAAAUGCCUACCAGGUCGAAGUCAUGUAUGAAGAUGAGCCUCUGAAAGAUUACUACACAUUAAUGGAUAUAGCGUACAUCUAUACAUGGAGAAGGAACGGUCCUCUGCCGCUCAAGUACCGAGUCCGACCCAACUGCAAGAAGAUGAAGGUCGGCCACAAGCAGCGGGAGAGUCGCGACAGCGCCAGCAGAUCCGGACCGGAGAGCGACUCCGCCAGCGACAAAGCCGGGAGUCCCGCCGGGGCUCCGUCCGCCUCCUCUUCCCUGCCGAGCCCCGCCACUCCCGCGCAGUCUCCUCAUCCGCACGGCAACGUCAACGGAAGUCCCGCUGCUGCUGCUCCUCUUCCUCCUGCUGCUGCUGCUGCUACUGCUGGUGCUCCCCCGACCCCCAGUCGGUCCUUCACCCACUUCAGCCCCGGCGGCGUCAACAAGCCGCGGAAGGUGUCCCUGAACGGCUCGUCCACCAACUCCGGAUGACGCACGACUCUGCCGCCACCGUUUCCAUGCCAACGUAGUCCCAUUGUCUAGACAAUGUUGUAUCUCUCUCUCUCUUUUGUUGUUAUGAAUAUAUAUAAACACAAAACAUCACAUGUAAAGAUUUAAACGUAGUGGAUUUUACCGUGAAAGAAAAGAAAAGAAAAGGACUUUGGAGGGAAGGACACACUGUCCCUUCUUCCUUGAAAAGCUGCAUCUUUAUUUUACAAAAGCGACUGAAAAGAAUCCACGUUUAGAUUUGCCUUUCAGUUUUGGUUUUUUUUUUUCUUCUACGUGUGUAUCAUGAGUAGCUCCUUCAUGCGUGCUGGGAUUUUUUAGCCUAUACAUUUUUUUUGGAAAAGAAAGACAAAUCCUCUCUCUGCUUCUGGCUUCAUGGAACAAGAAUACAUAAAACACACAUCAAAUGCCCUUGCUUUCUUUCUUGUAGCCGCAGUGGAAUCAUCCCAGUUGAGCGACUUUAGAGAAUCCACGUGUAAAUAGAAACUAAAAUGCAUAUUUAAUCAGCGAUGACGUCAUUUCUCCGACUCUACCCUUUUGUUCGGAACGAAUUACUUGGGCUCCCAUUUCACGCUCACUUCACCGUGUUUUGAUGUCUCCCGUAUUUGUAUCGCUCGACUGUAUGGACACGUUAUUGUAUUGUUACUGUUGCACAGUAUAAAACAUCUAAAUAAAACAACAUUUUACACUUA